GGAAACGAGAGAGAGAGAGAGAGAGAGAGAGAGAGAGAGAGAGAGAGAGAGAGAGAGAGAGAGAGAGAGAGAGAGACGGGGGAAGGGGACGUUUAUUUCACAAGGAAGCAUUCAAUUGGAUGACCAGGCGGAAUCGGUGAGGAAGGAGCUGGAGGAGGAGGAGCACAGGUGGAGGAGGAGGAGGAGGAGGAAGAAGAAGAAGAGCAGGUGUGUGGGAUUUGAAAUUCAACGCCACGCUGUUUCGUGGAAGUGGAAGAGGAGGAAGUCCGAGAGAAGACGAGAGGCCGACGAAGAGUAAUCUCCUCUGCAGAUAUCGUAGAAAAACUCGAUCCAACGCCACGAUGUUCCACAAAUGUUUCGAGGAUUGUGUCUUUCAUUCGGAAAGGAUCAUGUUGAAAUGUGCUACCACCCGCAGCGAUGGAAGCGAGUGUUCUUUGUCUGUCGGUGAAGAGGAGCAUAGCCAUGACGUAGAGAGGAAGCGGCUAUGGCGGAAGCGUCGUGAUGGUGAUGGUGACGACAACAGUAGGCUCCAGAGCGCAUAUAGCCAUGCCAGUCCUAGUAAUCAUACCAUGGGCGACUCUCUGCUAGAAUACCUGCGGAUGAAGGUGCACCCAGACGUAGAGAGGAAGUGGCUAUGGCGGAAGAUCAUCGUCGUGGGCCGUCAUGAUCGAAGCUCCAGUUCGCGUAUCUCCACCAGGGAAAAGACUAAGAAGCGAUUCAACUGGCAGCGACCCACGAGCCGUAUUAGUGUUUUCACUGGAGGUAAUCAUUAUGCCGGUGUUGAUGAAAGCGGUGAUGAUAUUUGUGUUGCCGCCAACGCCAAAUGCCAUCACCCUCCUGAUCAUAAUGAUGCCGGUUUUGAUGAUAGAGCAGCUGCUGUCUAUCUUGAUUGCUCUGGCAAAGCCGAGCACGAAGAUGGUGGUGGUAGUGGUGAUGAUGGCGCUGGCUAUGGCGGCGAUCGCAAUCGCGAUCGCGAUCGAGACGAGUCAUCAUCGAGCUCACGACAACCUCAAGAAGAUGAACAUGCAGAAGAGGAAGAAGCAAUCGCCUCCAUGAAUCGACACGUGUCGGUGUCAAGACAUGAACGAGAAGGAGAAGGUGAGGGUGACGAAGGAGAGAGAGAUGGAGAGAGAGGAGGGGGACAAGGAGGCGAAGAAGAAGAAGAAGGAAUGGAGGGAUUCAAGCUUGAGCAGACCGAACUAGAAUCUGUUGACGUCGUGCGUAUUGACGGUACUACCGGUAGCCAUCCGAAGGCAACGUUGAUUUUGCAGUGCUUCCCUGGAAAAGAUUACGUCUUUCACUACGCGGCUAUGGUGGCCACUUACCUCAAGCUAACCUCCAGCGAUCGCCAUAGCUAUGGCUAUGGCUAUGGCUACGAUGUUCCAUCGUUUUCGUUGUCGUCACUCACAUCAUUAGCAUCCGGCGGCAACGCUCAGCUGACUCCUCCUCCUCCUCUCCCUGCUCGUAAUCCGGCGUUUUGCAAGAUUGCCCCGCCUCUGCCUCAGGCGUUUUGCACGAUUGCCCCGCCUCCGGUGUUUUAUAAGAUCCCGUCCAUAGAUGAGUGUUCCCAGGCGAUCGCGACAUCGAAUCUCGCCUUGAUGCCAUGCGUGGACAUCGUUGUAAUGGGUGUAGUCGAUCGACUACCGAGUGUGGUGAGAGAUGGCGAUGGCUGGGAUGGAGGAGAAAGAAGAAGAAGAAGAAGAAGGCCGGAGAAGGAGAGAUAUGGCGUCGACGACUGUGGUUGCGGUCGUCUCCCUCCUCGCUUUCCCGCUGUGCCUGCUACUUCUGGUCAGCACAUUGAUGACUCAGAGGUGGAGGAGGAGGAGGAGGAGGAGGAGGAGGAGGAGGAGGAGGAGGGGCAGGUGUUCAGCUGGUAUAUUCGGACGCUCCGGGAAGACGAUGAUGGCUAUGGAGCUCGCCGGAGCUCGAGCCGCCAUAGCCAGGAACGACGGCUUGGGGGAGGGAAAGAUGAUGUAGAUAACAUUACCCAUCCCACGCUAUUGCAGGGAAGCGGACCCAACCCCGCCGCCGCUCUUGGGGUUCACCACAACCCUCUCUGGGAAUCGUCAGUCCCCAUCCACGACGACCACGACGAAGAAGAAGAUGAAGAAGAAGAAGAAGAAGAAGAAGAGGAAGAAGAAGAAGAAGAGGAAGAAGAAGAAGAAGGAGAUCGGUUCUUCUCCGCCGAGAGAAGAGGAAUUUCGGAGGAAGAAAGUGACAAUGCGUUUGGCUAUGGAUGUCGUUUUCCUCUUCGACGGCCAGAUUGCCAUGAGCGGCCUCGCACUGUGGCCUUCCUGGGGUGCCGCUCUAGCUUCUGGGGCGAGAUUGCUGGGACUAUAAUUCGUUUCCUCGCUGGUGAUCGUCGUCGAUGCUGCAGCUGCCGUACGCGUUCUUGCCGUGGAGGAAUGACUAAGGACGGCUAUGGUGGACAGGCCAAGGAAUCCAACAGCCUCGAGAACAAAAGGAAGAAGGAGAAGAAGAAGAAGAAGAAGAAGAAGAAGAAGAAGACGAUGAUGGUGGAGAGGAGCAGCGAGAAGAAUAUCCGAAAAAAUGAUGAUCACGUUGUUGAUGUUGACAAGCCAGCAACGCCGACGGCUAUGGUGAUUACCAUGGGUGAAGGUGAAGGGGACGAUGACGAGCUGGAGGACGGUGGCGAUGGCGACCAGCUUCCUGACGAUCGAGAUGCAGAGAUUGAGACGAAGAAGAAGGAGAAGAAGGAGAAGGAGAAGAUGACGGGCGUUGCGAUGCAUCACGUAGACGAGGCGAAGGAGAAGGCGAAGGAGAAGGCGAAGGAGAAGGCGAAGGAGAAGGCGAAGGAGAAGGGAGGUGGUGGAGAUGAUCGCCGCUGCUGCAGCUGCUGCCUGCAAGCUGUAAUCUACUUGGGGAAAUUAGGAAGCUUGAGAGAGAACCACCUGCCCAAUCGAUGCCUGGCAACCGGUGAUGUCAGCUUUGUGGAGGGGAAGAUGGUGACGUGGCACAAUCUGCUCGCUGAUGUGGUGGCAGGCUGCGAAGAUGUUGUCUAUGGAAGACACAUCACCCUGCCCAGCGUGCUGAUGGAGACAAAGGAAUGGCUAGCGCAUGUAGAAUCGAAGUACCAGCAGCAGCAGCAGGAGGAGCAGGAAGAGGAGGAGGAGGAGGAGGGGCUGCAGCAGCACCAGCAGGAGCUGCAGACAGUGACUGAUGUUCACAAUAGAGAUGAUCGUGGAGAGGAGGAGGAUAUGCAUGAUGAUCUUGGGAAGGGAAAGGUGAGGGAGAGGAAGGAGGAGCAGAAGGAGGAGAAGGAGGAGAAGGAGGAGGAGGAGGAGAAUCAGAAAACGGAUGUGUGUGUGUCGUUCGUUGACCCUGAGAUUGGUCACAUGGCCCAAGCGGCAAACGAGAAGGGAAUUGGAUUUAGUUAUCUGCACGUGGUGUCCGAUAACCUGCGGCGUAAGUUUGAGGAGGAUCUGGCCAAUGAGAGGAGGGAGGAGGUGGUCCUUGCAAGGCAAAAUCUGUAUAGACGAAUGGACGAAAUCUUGGAAGCAUAUUUUGUUGACGUCAUCCGGCGGUGGAGCGUUGUGCCCACGAAAAGGAAGAAAGAAACUUAAUAGAUUUGUCAACAUCUGCGUUCUUUGUACU